ACAGAUGUAUGUCAGAGAGGCAAAAGUUUCUAGAAGAUCUGUCACUGCUUACGAUAUACCGUAUACGUUGUUUCCGAAUCAUUGAAGUUUUCAUUUUUCACUCAUCGCACGGUCAAAUCGAGAAUCGCCGACCUGAUUCUCGAAUCGAUCGGAACUUCUCUGAUCACCGGCGGUCAUCGCCGCGACAUAAAUGUUCGCUUGACGACACUCUUCUCGCCGCGAUCUUUGCCUCUUCCUUUUUUCCUCGCCGGCUUUUACUCAACAACGAGAUCUGUUUCCACGACUAUAGGAGGAUGUCGACUCCAGCAAGGAAGAGGUUGAUGAGGGAUUUCAAGAGGUUGCAGCAAGACCCGCCUGCGGGAAUAAGCGGUGCACCGCAAGACAACAAUAUCAUGCUAUGGAAUGCUGUCAUAUUCGGGCCUGAUGACACGCCAUGGGAUGGAGGUACUUUCAAACUCUCGCUGCAGUUCUCUGAAGAUUAUCCAAAUAAACCACCAACAGUUCGUUUUGUGUCACGUAUGUUCCACCCAAAUAUUUAUGCAGAUGGGAGUAUUUGCUUGGACAUUCUACAAAACCAGUGGAGUCCAAUAUAUGAUGUUGCUGCUAUACUUACCUCCAUCCAGUCAUUGCUCUGUGACCCUAAUCCGAAUUCUCCUGCAAACUCGGAAGCCGCUCGGAUGUACAGCGAAAGCAAGCGUGAGUACAACAGAAGAGUGCGUGAUGUUGUCGAGCAAAGCUGGACUGCUGACUAGUAGUAGUUAGUUGUAAGCUUUGUAAACUCUCUCCUCCUCCUACUCUCGACGUCACCAUUCACAACAGCUUCCUUGUCUUUUCAUUCAUGUCUUUUAUCUUUCCAAAACUCUCAAGUGAUUGGAUGCUUUGAUGGUUCUAUGAAACCUAACAUCCUUUAAAACAACUUUGUACCAAACCUUCUGAAUUAUUCACUUUUGUGUAUAUAUGUAAUGUAUUACGAUUUUCUAGCUAGGUAACCAAAAAACUACUUUGUACU